AUGCUGGGGAAAGGGGUAGUCGGCGGUGGCGGCGGCACCAAGGCGCCCAAGCCCUCCUUCGUGUCGUACGUGCGCCCAGAGGAAAUUCACACAAACGAGAAGGAAGUAACAGAGAAGGAAGUCACUCUUCACUUGUUGCCAGGUGAACAGCUGCUUUGUGAAGCCAGCACGGUGCUGAAGUAUGUCCAGGAAGAUUCCUGUCAGCGUGGGAUCUAUGGGAAACUUGUCUGCACGGACUUCAAGAUUGCUUUCUUGGGCGAUGAUGACUCUGCAUUGGAUAAUGAUGAAACCCAAUUUAAGAAUAAGGUUAUAGGAGAAAAUGACAUAACACUCCACUGUGUUGAUCAGAUUUAUGGAGUGUUUGAUGAGAAAAAAAAAACUCUCUUUGGACAACUGAAGAAAUACCCCGAGAAACUCAUCAUCCACUGCAAAGACCUCCGGGUAUUCCACUUCUGUCUGAGGUACACAAAAGAAGAGGAAGUCAAAAGGAUUGUCAGUGGCAUAAUCCAUCACACCCAGGCUCCCAAACUGCUUAAGCGAUUGUUUCUGUUUUCCUAUGCUGCUGCUGCACAAAACCAUGCAGCCACUGAUCCCAGGAACCAUACGGUGAUGUUUGACACACUUAAGGACUGGUGUUGGGAAUUGGAGCGGACCAAAGGCAGUGUCAAGUACAAAGCAGUGAGUGUCAAUGAAGGCUAUAAAGUCUGUGAAAGAUUGCCAGCAUACUUUGUUGUCCCCACCCCUCUUCCCGAAGAGGAGUUGUCACGCUUUCAGGGUCACGGCAUACCAUUAUGGUGUUGGUCCUGCCACAAUGGAUGUGCCCUUUUGAAAAUGUCAGCACUGCCCAAAAAAGAACAGGAUGAUGGCCUUUCACAAAUGCAAAAGAGCUUCUUGGAUGGAAUCUAUAAGACCAUCCACAGGCCACCCUAUGAAAUUGUUAAAACUGAAGACCUGUCAAGCAACUUCCUGUCCCUGCAGGACAUCCAGACUGCCUACUCUAAAUUCAAACAGCUGUUUCUGAUAGAUAAUAGUACCGAAUUUUGGGACACAGAUAUAAAAUGGUUUUCUCUGUUGGAAAGUAGCAGCUGGCUUGACAUAAUCAGACGUUGCCUGAAAAAAGCAAUAGAGAUCACAGAAUGUCUAGAAGCACAAAACGUGAACGUUCUUCUUUUAGAGGAGAAUGCUUCCGACCUCUGCUGCCUCGUUUCCUCUCUGGUGCAAGUGAUGAUGGACCCCCACUGUAGAACCAGGAUUGGUUUCCAGAGCCUUGUCCAAAAGGAGUGGAUCAUGGGCGGGCACUCUUUCCUGGAUCGCUGCAACCAUCUACGUCAGAGUGACAAAGAGGAGGUUCCUGUGUUCCUGCUUUUCUUAGAUUGUGUCUGGCAGCUGGUGCACCAGCACCCCCCAGCAUUUGAUUUCACGGAGACUUACCUGACUGUGUUGUCAGAUAGCCUGUACAUACCUAUUUUUAGCACCUUCUUCUUCAAUUCGCCUCAUCAGAAAGAUAACGUGGGCAGGGAAAGCCAGGAUACACAAAGCAAGCCUUUGAAUCUGCUCACCGUGUGGGAUUGGUCUGUACAGUUUGAACCCAAAGCCCAGAUGUUGCUCAAAAACCCUCUUUAUGUGGAAAAGCCAAAACUGGACAAAGGCCAGCGGAAAGGAAUGCGUUUCAAACAUCAACGACAACUUUCUUUGCCACUCACCCAAUCUAAAUCAUCUCCCAAAAGAGGAUUUUUCAGGGAAGAAACCGAUCAUUUAAUUAAAAACCUUCUGGGCAAGAGAAUUAGCAAAUUAAUUAACUCUUCCGAUGAGCUACACGACAACUUUCGAGAGUUCUAUGACAGCUGGCACAGCAAACCCACUGACUACCACGGUCUGUUGUUGCCGCACAUUGAGGGGCCAGAAAUCAAAGUGUGGGCUCAGCGCUACUUGCGUUGGAUUCCAGAAGCCCAAAUCCUGGGCGGUGGCAGAGCGGCCACCGUGAGCAAACUCUUGGAAAUGAUGGAGGAAGUAGAGCGCUUACAAGAGAAAAUCGACGCGAGACCCCAUGGCCAGGGGGCGCUCCUGGCAGAGGCCCCCUUGUUGCUGAGGGGCUCUGCCCGCCUGUCGGCCCUGUUUCCUUUCGCUCUGCUGCAGCGACAUCCCUCUAAGCCGGUCUUGCCCACCAGCGGCUGGAAAGCUCUGGGUGAUGAAGAAGAUCUGGCCAAACGAGAAGACGAGUUUGUGGACCUAGGGGAUGUGUGA